AUGGAUGAGGUGCAUCAUGUACGGUCCGAUCACGCAGCUGCUAGGAUACCCCUUGCCAGGAACCAGCUCAAAAAGACCAUACCGAGCCCAGACCGUCACCUCCAGCCGUGUCAAAGCCGUGUGAAGCCUAAAGCCGCAACACGGCCGUGCUUGGUGAGCAUCCUCGGUUAUGGGUGGCCAUGGGCUCACUGCAACACGUCAUGUUGGGGUUGCAAGUCCGGGGACCAAGGUAAAGAGAUUGAGAUUGCGUGUUUUCGGGUUGGGCUUGGAAACCCAUGUGUUCCGGACAUGUAUAUUCGGCUUCCUCGAGAAUGGGAUUUUCACCAUGGUGUUGUUGUCGGCUACUCAGGAUUUACAUGGGCUAACCCAUGGCCGCAUGCGACAGCACAUGGCAGCAAUGCAUGGCUAGACUUCCCGCGAGCCCAACAAGCCGCUAUCCCAGUCGCGGCGUCUUCGGCCAGUGGCUUGCAGCUGUCCUAUAGCGUGCCGCCUACAGCAGGCUUCCAGCGUCUACCGCCCACAGUCAGCGGGACGGGGGCCCUAGAACCCCCAGAUAGCGUCCAUGCCAGGAUGCAACGGAGCUUGGGCCAUGGUGGGGUUUGA